UAUCUCUUAUUUUGAAAGUGCCGCCGGAAGUAUCGCCCUGGUUUUGUGUAACUUGACGGCGGACUCUUUGAAAGCGCUUCCACAGUCCGUGUGGAGACAGAGACUCAGGGAGUCUGACUCGGGCAGUCUUGUCUCCUCCGCUGAUUCGGUUUAAAGAACACAUACAGAACUGGUAUUUCAAUGAAAAGCCGAUGUAAGCGACUUUUGAAUGAAGUUUCCUUUUUGCUGAACAAACACAAUGUGACGGUGCUGAACGAGUGACUGUUUUUGAAUGUCGGAGCAGUGAAGAGGAAUUAAAGAAUGGGCAAACUUCAGUCCAAACACGCGUGUAAGCGCAGAGAAAACCCUGAAGGAGACAGUUUUGUUGUGAACGCCUUCCUGCGCAGAGGGAUGGAGGAAUGUGAGAGGUACAACUCACCGGAUCACAAGAACAAACACGUCCAGGAGUUUCCAACUGGCGAGCAGAAUGAAGGACAAUUUGAGGAUCAGCAUUGCCCCCUAGAGGUGGUUCUUCCUCCGGAGAAGGCAGAGGGCUGUGAGAGCUACCUACAGUAUGUACACCCAGAGGAUGGAGAUCGGGAGCUACUGAGAGAUGCCAGCAAAGGUCCAGGGAAGAAACGCAUCAGUCUGGAUGACUUGGAGUGUGAUGUUUCUGUGGAAGAUGAUAAUCGUCAGGAGUGGAUCUUCACCCUUUACGAUUUUGACAACAGUGGGAAAGUUACUAAAGAGGACAUGUCCAGUCUGAUGCAUACCAUCUACGAUGUGGUGGACGCCUCUGUCAAUCACUCCUGCAGUAAUAAGAGCAAAACUCUGCGGGUCAAGCUGACCGUCACCCCAGAGCCAAAGUGCCACAGGCGAGAAACAGGGACAGGUAAAGAACGCUGUCACCAGGAGGACGUGCGCUCAGCUGACAAACGCCUCUCCUCUUAUAUCAGCAAAGGCCAGAGCAAUGAGGUACCAGUCACUGAAGGUCAACAUUACUGUGUGGAUGAGAACACAGAGAGGAGGAAUCACUACCUGGACCUGGCUGGUAUAGAGAACUACACCUCCAGAUUUGAAGGAACUACUCCCUCCUGCCCUCCUCCGGAGACUCAUGUUCGAAGUUCCCACAGCCAAAGCCGCUCCCGCUCCCAGGAGCCAGAACCUCAAGUGGUUCACCAGCGACGCUCACAGGUCAUCAGCGAUAGCUGCAACCCCACAGAGUCCCGAAACAAGAGCGCACAGUUCCUCAAAUCCCCCAAAGGAACCUAUAAAGGAAGUGGAGGUAAUAAUGGAGGCAGUGCGGGUGGCAAAUCCACUAAAUGCCACUGGUACCACCCCCCAGUGCAGUCCAUUCUGCAGAGUGGCAAUGCAACAAACCAUGGCGGUCAGGACGUGUACCAUUUACCUCACCAGGCACAAACAUCCGGCCACCACCAGCACCCGCUUCAAUACAGCCACAGCAAACGCCUGAGAGCCAAAUCCAGGGAGGCUGUGUCCCCAUCCAAAACCCCACUGUCCCCUCCCUCCCACCUCCAGCAACAACCCCCGCUGCCCUCUGUACUACCAAGCUUGGAUCGAGAGCAGGCAUCUGGCCCACCUGGAAGCCCUGGGUUUGUGGUUCCUGUGGUCCAACGCCAUGAGCACCACCAUCACCACGAACACCACCACCACCACCACUACCAUCAUUACCAUCAGACAUGACCAUCUCCAGAGCACAGACUGACCCAGUACAGGACCAACCACCACCACCACCACCACACCAGUCUCAAGGACCUACAACAGUCCCCACGUGACUUGCGGGGACAGCAUCUGACCAGGAUCUUUUUUUAAUCUCUCUUGCAAGCUAUACAAAUAUAUCCUGAGAUUAGACGUACUAAGGAAUCAUGUAGUGUGAUGGCGGAUCGCGCUGGAUUGGAAGGAUGUUUUUCUGAAGUUUCUGUGUAAUAACAAAAGAUAUAUGACACAGUUUUGAAGUUUUUGUCGAUGUUCUGCUCGGACAGCAGCAAUGGAAAGGCACAGGUACAAGAAAGGAGCAGAUCUGAAUCCUUUUGUGGUAACAUCUCGCCCCUCGUGAUGCUGUUUGUUGAAGCUAUACGUGUCAGAGUCGGCAUGUUGUUUUUUUGUUUGACCUUUCCAAAUCAUGGAUCUCAGGUGUAACGGUGCUGCUGCUCUCAAGCUUUUCACGGAGGCUAUUUCCUCGGGGUGGCCUGCUGUGGACUGAGGGCUUAGUUGUUUUUUUUGUUUGGGUUUAUUGGGGGGUCUGAAAUCACCACUGCCAGUUUUAUUGCAAAAAUAUCUCACUAUAUGUAUAAUUCUAUAUAUGUAAACACAUUUUACUGUAUAAUUAUUACACUGUAUAUGCAUAUUUCAUCUUGGAUAUAAUUAUGCAUAUAUGUAUUUUGUCUUUUAUAUAUUUUAAUAAACAUUAUAUAGUUCA